AACGAGUAUGACGAGUCGACUGGAGAUUUUUGUCAUGUGUGUGACCCUAGUGAUCGUCUCCGUCGGUCGGGCGUCGUCAAAUGAACAAUCUUUCGUUGUCGAACCUGAGGAUCAGAGCGCAGUGGUAGACUCUACGGCAUCGCUGCCGUGCAGGGUCGCCGAUCUUGCAGGACAGCUGCAAUGGACCAAGGACGAUUUCGCGCUGGGCACCAACAGGAAUCUAUCGUAUCAUGGUUACCCAAGAUACGCGAUGACCGGCAGCGACGCUAAUGGAGAAUUUAACUUGCAACUGAAUCCUGUGACUCUGGACGAUGAUGGCGUGUACCAGUGUCAGGUGGGCACGGGUAAGCGGGACGAACCGGCUAUCAGGUCCAGAAAAGCGACGCUGACCGUUUUGGUGCCGCCGAACCGUCCGCGGAUCGUGCAGGGCGAUAAAAUCUACACCACGGAAAACUCGCCAAUUGAACUGGAGUGCAUAUCCGAAGGUGGAAAACCGGCAGCAGAGAUCACAUGGACUGACGGCUCCGGUAAUGCGAUUGAAGAUGACAUUGAAACGUCUAUCAAUCCCAUGGCUACUGAGAACAAACGGUUUACCACUAAAUCCAUUUUGAAAAUUGUACCGAAAAUGGAACACCACAACACGUCGAUAUGGUGUCAGGCGCACAACUCAGCUGUUGACAAAAAGUUACAGACGAAAAUCCAUUUGUAUGUCAAAUUCGCUCCAAAGAUAACGCUGACCAUUACUGGGUCGACAAAGAAGUUGGUCGAAGGGUCGGACGUGAAAUUCUCAUGCUUGACGAAAGCCAAUCCACCAGAUGUGUCCUACCGGUGGUUCGUCAAUGAUCAGUUCGCACUGAGUGAAGUCACGUCCGAAUUGUGGCUAUUUAACAUAACCAGAAGGCUACACAAUUCGUUGGUUAGAUGCGAGGCGCAAAACUCUGUAGAGAAAACUGAAGAAUCUAAAGCGUUGAACAUAUACUAUAAACCUCAGUUCAAAAAUCGACCGAAAAAUGUCCAAGCGGAUACCGGAAGUUAUGUAUCAAUUAUAUGUGAUGUGGACAGCAAUCCACCACCAACCAUCGAGUGGACGUUUGAGAAAACAAAAAAAGUGAUGAGUACGACCAGCAACUUGACGGUGCUUGUGACAAACACAACCAUCGGCCGGUACCACUGCAAAGCCACCACGUUAGGAUUAGGGGAGGUAAAUGCUGAGGCAUCUGUGUUCAUGAGGGGCAAGCCGGUCAUCAACAGUCCUCGUAUCCAGUACGGCACACCGUCCGAAACAGUCCGGCUCGAGUGCGUCGCCUCGUCCGUGCCAGUCGCCGACCGAAUAGUUUGGACUUACCACGGCACCGUCAUCGGCACCAGGAACGAUCAAAACUAUUAUUCGGUACUGGAAGACCCAACAGAAGAUGGCGUGAAGAGCACGCUGAUUAUUAGGAACUCGAGACAGGAACAGUUCGGAGACUAUAACUGUACGGCAUCCAAUGACUACGGAUCCGACUCGAUUAUCAUUGUACUGGUGCCAAAAAAAGACUUUAUGCUAAUUUUGGCAAUUAUUGGUGCCGUGGGCGGAAUCAUAGUCAUGAUUAUGAUUUUCGCCGUCAUUGGGUUUUGUCGACGUUCGACGUCUGAAAAAAAGAAAAAAGCCAAAUCCGAUUUCGGCGCAGAGUCGGACACGGACAACAAGCAGAACGCCGCGGCCAGGGAAUCGGACGCGUCGUCCAACGUGUCGGACAUCAAAAUGGAGACGGGCACCGGAUCUUCGCUGAGCAAUUACCGGUACAAGAUCGACUACAGCGCGGACUCGAUGACGGUUACCACGACCGCUACCGCAGUAGACGACCAGCAUCCGCGGUCCACGACCCCGAAGAGCGGCGGCGGCAGUCAGACCACCCUCUCCCGCGGCAUACCACUCGCCGGGCCCGUGCCAGUCGAUCCCAAGUACGCCACGGCCGCCGGUUACCUGGGACACCUACACCAGAACAAUGUCAUGCACCACCCGCUGGCCAAUGGCUCGGUCAUGGGCGAUUACGCGGACCCGCUCAACUACGUCAGAUACACGAACAACCAUCAUCACACCGUGAGUACUCCUCGUGUCAUAACUAUAUAA